AUGUCUCUCGGAGAAGCGCUCUUUCAGCUCCCCUUGAUUCUUGCGUUUUGGGGUUGGUUGGCUACUCAAUCAAUAGCGUCCAGUGAUAGAGUGAUCGAAUCGGACGCUGUGCCAUUGAUUGAUCAGCUCUUAGAUGGGCUUGUUGAGAUAGGUCAGAAUGAAGCAAAUGCCCCUAGUGGAAGGAAUAUGCCCAGAGGUGGUUUAGAGAAUAAGUCAAUAAGUAAGAUCGAAAGGGCAGGGAUAUCUCUGGGGCUAGUUAAACAUAUGUCGCAAAGAGUAGUAUCUGAAUCUGUAUCUGAUGAGGAUACUGCUGCAGCGGCUGAGGCUGUGCGACUUCUUGAGAGCACCGACGGAGCGAAGCAAUUCAACCAGAGUAUCCCAGCUCUCAAGUUAGCUCGGGACGGGAGGAACCACAUAACUUGCUCGGAAGCUAUUGCAUUGAUAGGCAGAGCUUACCGGUACAAUAAAGCAGGCAAUUGA